UUCUUCUUUUAACAGAAUGGGACGAUUUAUAAGUUAAAACAUUAAAUAAUCUAUACAAAAAUAUAGACCUACUAUAGACUAGCAAAGUAUUAUAGAAAGUCACGCAGUUUCCUAUAAUUGCUUGAGGACAGUCCAGAAACUAUAGUACUUUACUAUACUGGUGUUGCACGGACAUUUCGGUACUUUUAGAUACUAUAGAAAGAAAAAAAAAUAGAGAGAAAAUAUAGAAAAAAAUAAAACGUUCGGUAUUAGAAUUUCCCAAUGUUCAGUAGGCUACUUAGAUCAAACGGGAUUCCGAAGUUUACUGUGUCUCACACAGUAGGCUACUUUGCCUACAGAGCCGAGACUAAUGGCAAACCCAUGGAUAUUACGAAACCUAUUUGUAAAAGCUGUUACAGUGGCUGUUUAUCAAUCCGAAGAACGCUAAGAACAGAGAAAAACGUGGAUUGAUAAACAGCUUGUGUCUUGACAGAGGAAAUACUUCUAACCUCGCUAAGGACGUCGUCGGUGACACUACCUACAAGCCAGGGUAAACGACAGAUACCUUUUCGUGUUACUUCUGGGGUGUCGACUUUGUACGGGUGGUGAUGCUCGGGAUUCCAAGGUGAUCCAUGGAGUGGUCGGCGGGGAGGUGACCUUCAGUUGCAUCUCCAACCCUGAGGAGCCCCUGAACUGUGUGUACUUCAACAAGAUUAUCUCCCUGAAGCCGGAAUUCAUUAACGGGUAUCACCAGACAAUGAAGCCGAAUAUUGAGAAGCAGUUCUACAAUCGCACGCACGUCAACGCAGGUCAGAGGGCGAUGACCAUGUUGGACGUCAAACCCACAGACGAGGGGGUUUAUCAGUGCCAGAUCGAAUACAACAACAAACGCAGGACAGAAGAGUACAUGAACCUCACUGUCACAGCCAAUUACAGCAAACCAGUUUCAUCAGUUGUCUGUCGGGAGCAUGACAAGAGUCACCAUGGUUACGGGAACCAAGGCAGCAACUCGGAUUGUAUUGCGACGUGCUCCUGCCAUGGGGGUUAUCCACGCCACGAGGUAGAUUGGAACAGCAACCUCUCUCUGGACCAGACAUGGGCUGUGGUUCUACCUGGAAACUGGAGCCAGGACCGAGAGACCAAGCUGUUCAACAUCACCAGUACUCUGGUGUUCAACUGCACCGCCGACCUGCAGUAUCUCUCCUGCAAAUGUGGCGGUGCCACUUCUCAAAAGCUCUCGGUCUGCACAGAUGACUCUUCUCUUAAAACGGUGAUAGUUGUAGCAGUCUGCAUCAUCAUGAUCCUGUGGAUUAUCGGAUUAUAUAUCACGGUGGGCAGCCUCCCAAAGAAGCCGAGUGGGACUGUAGACGGACACAGUGGGACUGUAGACGGACACAGCUGGACAGCCAUCAGUGGGACUGUAGACGGACACAGCUGGACAGCCAUCAGUGGAGCUUCUGUCCAGAACCAGGAUUAUUCUGUGUUUUUACACACAUACUGUUGAAUUGUCCUUUGGUACCCAGUACUUUAUGUGCACUGUUGGCCGUUGAACAGUCCCCUGUCUGUGAAGGAGGCCUGCCUGUUAAGAAUGGAGCAAAGGGAGAAAGUAAACCAGGUCUGUCUGUAGAUUAUUUGGAAUCUCUCUGAUGUACAUGUCCAGUACAACUGUGAAGCUAGUCCUAUCGAUGGUAGUAUAGGUGACACUCAGGGGUACUAUUGUUGAUGUGACUUAGUUUAGGUUAUAUUUAAGCGUUACGGUCGGAGAGACAAUCGAGGAUCAUCCAAUGGCUGCUAUCUGGUCUUGCAUUUUACUGUAAUACAAAUUGUGAAUACUGUGAUGUUGUUUGCCAGUACGUUCCAUUCCAUUGGCAUGGUGCUUCACACUGCACACAGGAGGUCCUGGGUUCAAUUCCACUAUGGGGCACGUCAGUGCUUUCUGUGUGGAGUUUGGGAGUCAGGUGGCUGAGCUGUUAGGGAAUCGGGCUAGUAAUCUGAAGGUUGCCAGUUCGAUUCCCGGCCGUGCCAAAUGAUGUUGUGUCCUUGGGCAAGGACCCUACAUUCACCCUACUUGCCUCGGGGGGAAUGCCCCUAUAUUAAAUAUUAAAUUUAAAUGUAUUUAUAUAAGAUUUUUUUGUUAACUAUUUUUGGAAACUGUAUCAUACUAACAUUUUUAUUUAAGAUAUCUCUAAAUAAAAGGUGUACAUUUAUGUACUCAAACAA